UGGAAUGACUUACAAUUUGAAACGGAGGGAGUACAUAUAAGUAUUGCUAACUUGAUGAAGGAACCAUGUAUACCUUUAGGAGGCACGGGAAAUAUGUCUCAAAGCAUCGGGAAAUAUGUUUCAAAGCAUUGUCGAGCAAAUAAAAAAAAAGAUGAUGAACAAAGGAGGGUCAAUUCUUGUUGCUCUUUGGACUAAAGGAUUGACGAUGAUCAUUGCAGUCCUAACACAAUUCUCUUGUUGCAGAACAGAGUAGUAACUGCUAAGUAGCAUAUGAGUUCUUACAUCUUCCAGCCGAGGUGGCUAGUGUGCUGUAUGAAGUUGAGGUCCCUUGGCAGCCCGACAAACGCCUCCAUCAUGUCUGUUGGCGAAAUUUCCAAAAAAAAGAAGAAGAUUUCAACACCAACAGCAAAGCAAGCAUAUAAUCACCAGAUUAAUCAAUCAGCAAACACUUCGCUACCAGCAAACUGUAGAAAUCAGCACGCCAUUACCGUCCUAGGUGACGAGCGGGUAGUCGGAUGUGCUGAGGUUGACGAACCAGUCCCAGCGGCGGCGGAGACGGAGCAGCAACACGACGGCGUGCAGCGUGGUGGUGAGCACGGUGGGGCCCCGGUAGGUGACGAGGUUGGGCCUGCCGACGAUCCAAACGUUGCCCGCGGUCGCGUACACGCCCUGCCCGGACACGAGCUCCGCCAGCCAGCGGUGCUCCUCCGCGGGGGCCUCCCGGUCCAGGUGCAACAGGUAGCUGUUGGCCGGGUGGUACAGCGCCGCCAGCAGCCGCGCCGCGCGCCCCGCGUCCCCGAGGACGCCGAGAUGAAGUACGCGGACAAGACCGGGUACCACGGCGCCUCGCCGACGAGGCGAAGGAGGCGGACGUGGGGGAGGAGCGCUGCUAGCAGCCGCGCCGCGCGGCCCGCGGCCCUGAGGACGCCGAGAUGAAGUACGCGAACGAGACUAGGUACCGCGGCGCCGGCGGAGGCAAACGCGGGGGAGGAGCGGACGGAGGAAAUAGAUUAGACAAGAAAAACGAACCGUUCCGUUCGUAACCAGAGUCAGGUGGUUAAUUUUUUACUUCAAAAGUACUUGAAAGCAGGAAAAUAUACUUUUGAUUAAUUUUUUUACUUCAAAAGUA